CCAGCGGCGGCAAAGGGUGGGUGGGGCGGGAGUGCCCGGUUCCCGCCCCUCUUCCCUCCCUUCCUCCCUCCCGCGGUCCUCGGGCUGGCGGACCCGAGGGCAGGCACUACUGGGGUUGGACGACCUCCGGCCGGCCCCCGACGACCGCGGCGAAGGAACUGCCCAGCGCGCACAGCUGGAACAGUGCGAACCCCUGCUUGGAUUGGGGACAGGGAUCGUCCCUGUCCGUGCGGGGACGGCGCACAGUGGCGCAUCCCCAGGAUCAGCGCACAGCUGACCGCCGGCGGGUGCCCCGCGCGCCGCAGCUCGCAGCGCCGGGGGAACUGGAGCGCCGGUGAUAUGGUGGCGCGGGUGGGCCUCCUACUGCGCGCCCUGCAGCUGCUGCUGUGGGGCGUACUGGACGCAGAGCCCGCUGAGCGCGUAGGCCGGGAGCUACGCAAGGAGGCAGAGGCAUUCCUGGAGAAGUACGGCUACCUCAGCGAACGUGUCUCCAGAGCCCCCACUUCUACCCAAUUCAGCAAUGCCAUCAGAGAGUUCCAGUGGGUGUCCCAGCUGCCCGUCAGUGGCGUGCUCGACCAUGCCACCCUGCAGCAGAUGACACGUCCCCGCUGUGGGGUCUCAGAUACUGACAGUCACACAACCUGGACAGAGAGGAUGAGUGCGCUGUUUGCUGGACGCCGGGCCAAAAUGAGGCAUAAAAAACGCUUUGCAAAGCAAGGCAACAAAUGGUACAAGCAGCACCUCUCUUACCGCCUGGUGAACUGGCCUGAGCGCCUGCCGGAACCAGUAGUUCGGGGAGCCGUGCAUGCUGCCUUCCAGCUGUGGAGCAACGUCUCGGCGCUGGAGUUCUGGGAGGCCCCAGCCACUGGCCCUGCUGACAUCCGCCUCACCUUCUUCCAAGGGGACCACAACGAUGGGCUGAACAAUGCUUUCGAUGGCCCAGGGGGCGCCCUAGCGCACGCCUUCCUGCCCAGACGCGGCGAAGCGCACUUCGACCUGGAUGAGCGCUGGUCUCUGAGCCGCCGCCGCGGGCGCAAUCUAUUCGUGGUGUUGGCGCAUGAGAUUGGCCACACGCUCGGCCUCACCCACUCGCCGGCACCGCGCGCGCUCAUGGCCCCCUACUACAAGAGGCUGGGUCGCGACGCGCUGCUCAGCUGGGACGACGUGCUGGCGGUGCAGAGCCUGUAUGGGAAGCCCCUAGGGGGCUCAAUGGCCAUCCAACUCCCAGGAAAGUUGUUCACCGACUUUGAGGCCUGGAAUCCCCAUAACUCCCAGGGUAGGCACCCUGAAACCCAGGGUCCUAAAUACUGCCACUCUUCCUUCGAUGCUAUCACUGCAGAUGGGGAACAACAACUGUACAUCUUUAAAGGAAGCUACUUCUGGGAGGUGGCGCCUGAUGGCAAUGUCUCAGAGCCCCGCCCACUACAGGACAGGUGGCCUGGGCUGCCCCCCAACAUUGAGGCUGCUGCAGUGUCAUUGGACGAUGGAGACUUCUACUUCUUCAAAGGGAGUCGAUGCUGGAGGUUCCGGGGCACCAAGUCAAUGUGGGGUUUCUCACAGCUGUGCCGGGCUGGGGGUCUGCCCCGCCAUCCUGAUGCGGCCCUCUUCUUCCCUCCUCUGCACCGCAUUGUCCUCUUCAAGGGUGCCCGCUACUAUGUGCUGGCCCAAGGAGGACUGCAAGUGGAGCCCUACUACCCCCGCAGUUUGCAGGACUGGAAGGGUGUCCCUGAAGAGGUCAGCGGUGCCUUGCCAAGGAAGGAUGGCUCCAUCAUUUUCUUCAGAGAUGACGGCUACUGGCGCCUGGACCAAACCAAACUGCGAGUGACCACCUCAGGCCGCUGGGCCACCGAGUUGCCCUGGAUGGGCUGCUGGCAUGCCAACUCAGGAGGCACCCUGUUCUGAAGGCAACCCACCAGCUAAUGAACCGUAGUGCCUUGAGGGUCCAUUCACAUCCCUGCCCCAGGGGCAGAACUUGAACUGGAAGCCCCAGCCUCCCUGCAGAAGACUGGGCAGCAGAGUCUCCACCAGGAAGUUUGUGUGCUUCUGUUCCUGGGAGAACACUGCUGUUCCCAGUACGUGGAGGUGGAGGUGGGAUCAAUCCAGGGGAAGAAAAAAAGGGUCCCAGACCCCAUGACUCUUUUCCCCAAGGACCUCUUUCAUUCCCAAGCCUCAGAGAUUUUGAUUCUUCUGCUAAUGGUUCUGUCAGCGAGGAGAGAGCACUGGGAUCUAACCAGGAGGGAUGCAAAACUCCAGAGGUUGGAGACUAUUUUGCAAGACUGUCCCAUUCUUCUCAGGGUCUUCUGGCUCAGUUCUUGGUCAUGUGUCUUACCCCAGUAAGCUUGGAUGGGGUGAAGGCACAGGGUCUCUAAUCUCAGGGGCCCUUCAGGGGUUCAGGAUGCAGAACAAGAGGGACACUGCUGUAGAUCUCCAGGGCUCUGGUAUUUUGUCUGGGACAAGAAUAAAGAGUCACUCC